AUGAAAUUGGGAGAAUAUUACAUUAAAUACGAAAGAGGAAUAAAAAGGAAAGUUAAGGACUCCAAGAAGAAGCAGUAAAAUCCAAAAAUUGAAUUUCACUGUCUGUAUUCAACUCCUAAUCUGCUCCAGUGAAAUUGGAAUCCUAGUCAUUGGUUGACGUGGAACAAUCUUAUUGGCCAAGGCCCUACCAGAUCACGGCGUUUUCUAACAGAUUAUUCAAUUCAAUUUCUCAGCUCAAACAGGCUAAUCCUCUCCCAUUACGUAGGGUUUCCCUCCAUCUCCUCGCCGCUAUUCGCCGGAAAAUCCACCGUAGUUGACUCCAGAGUUCUAUCAAUUUCGUUCAUUAUUUGGCUCCAUUUUUUCUGCCGAGUUGCCAUUAUCUGACCGUUGAUAAUUUAUCCAUUACGUGAUUAUUUGUUCUUCAAUUUAAAAUCUCAAUUUUAAGUUUUUUUAUUUGGAUAAUUUGAUGCCGACAAGUCAAGGAGGAGGAUCAUCAUCGAGGAGAAGCAUAUCGUUGACGAGCUCUAAGAAGAAAGAAAAUGUAGGAGGACAACCUGAUUCUGCUCACCGCAAGUCUAUUUCCGUAUCUCGUUCCAUCGGACUGACUGGAGAGCGCACAGUGAAGAGAUUGCGGCUGUCAAAAGCCCUAACAGUACCUGAUACUACAAGUAUUUAUGAAGCUUGCCGCAGGAUGGCUGCUCGCAGACUUGAUGCUUUGUUGUUGACUGAUUCAAAUGCGUUGCUGUGUGGUAUCCUGACAGAUAAGGAUAUAGCAACAAGGGUUAUUGCUUCAGAAGUUAAUAUACAGGAAACACCAGUUUCAAAGAUUAUGACGAAAAAUCCCGUUUUUGUGCUUUCUGACACACUUGCUGUGGAAGCUCUGCAGAAAAUGGUUCUAGGAAAAUUUAGACAUUUGCCAGUUGUAGAAAAAGGAGAGGUCAUUGCUUUGCUUGAUAUAGCAAAAUGCCUUUAUGAUGCGAUUGCUCGCCUUGAAAGGGCAGCUGAGAAAGGAAAGGCCAUUGCAGCUGCUGUUGAAGGAGUUGAAAAACACUGGGGGACAUCUGGUUCUGCAAGUUCCAAUACAUUUAUAGAAGCACUUCGAGAGAAAAUGUUCAGGCCUUCACUGUCUACCAUCAUUUCGGAAAAUUCAAAGGUUGUUACUGUUGAGCCAAAUGAUACUGUUUUAGCCACAGCCAAAAAGAUGCUCGAAUGUCGAACAAGCUCUGCAAUCGUAACAGUUGACAACAAACCAAGAGGGAUUUUAACUUCAAAAGACUUAUUGAUGCGAGUCAUAGCACAAGAUCUUUCCCCUGAGUCCACUCUCGUCGAGAGGGUAAUGACCCCCAAUCCAGAAUGUGCUUCAAUAGAUAUGCCUAUUGUUGAUGCUUUACAUACAAUGCAUGACGGGAAAUUUUUACACCUUCCUGUUGUUGAUAAAGAGGGAACUGUUGUUUCUGUUCUUGAUGUGCUUCAUAUCACUCAUGCAGCUGUAGCCACGGUGGGAAAUACUGCUGGAGUAAAUAAUGAAGCUGCAAACUCUAUGAUGCAAAGAUUUUGGGAUUCAGCUAUGGCUUUGACUCCGGAUGAUGACGAUGAGACGCGGAGUGAAAAUUCCUUGAAAUUGGCUUCUGAAGGGACAGAAACAGGAAGAUCUAUUCCCUAUCCUUCAUCUAGCCAGCCAAAUAGUUUUUCAUUCAAAAUUGAAGACAAAAAGGGGAGGAUGCACAGAUUCAACUGUGAUAUUCGGAACAUGACAGAUCUAAUUGCUGCAAUAAUUCAAAGAGUGGGGGAUGACAUUGACCGAAACAAUCUUCCUCAGAUUCUGUACGAAGAUGAAGAUCAUGACAAAGUUGUACUGGCAUCAGAUAGUGAUCUUACAGCAGCUAUUGACCAUGCAAGAUCUGCAGGUUGGAAGGGGCUAAAAUUGCAUUUAGACUAUUCAGGAUCAACCGGCGGUAGUUUGGAUUAUGCUCAUACUGAAUCUGCUUGGGCCUCAGCCUACAGUACUGUAGCAGCUGGUGCUGCAUUAGUUGCCGGUUUAGGCGUAUUAGCAUUCUUAAGGAGAUCCGGUAACUAAUUGCUUGAAAGAAGGUUACAACUUGAUAGACUGAAGAAUGGGAGUAGCACAUCAAUACAUGUGAGGCUCAAUCAGUGGAUUGGAUUUCAAUUGAAUAUUGCUGAUAUAGAAUUGGAUGAUAGCUCUAUAUUGGAACAGUUUUACUUUUUCCUUUUGCCUGCUAUCCAGAUUUGCAGGUUUUGGUUUAUAAUGAUUUAAAUUACGCCAAAUAAUUCCCUUACCUUGAAGUUGUCUUCAAAAGU